AUGGAUAGAUAUACCGAGGGCCCACUCAGUUUGCUCAGAGUUUUCAGCUUCGCCACUGGGGAACCUUGGGAGGAGGUGCUGUUGUCCAGAUCCUCUGAUUUUGCUGGUUUUGUGCCGAGGACGAGGAGGAUGACAUCUUCAAAGGUCUGCAAGAGAAAGUUGGCUGAAGCUCCACUGCAGCAAGAAGCAGGCAAGCAGUGCCGUCAAACAGUUUGUGCGACUGAGAACACAUCACGACCAUCUUCUUCACGACUGCCAAUUAAAGAGAGACGUAUUGACACCAAUGUUCCGGAGGAUACACUUACAGAUGAAGAUAGUUCAGUUUUAUCACUCCAAGGUUGCCUUCCUACUUUCCAGGCCCCACUGGCAGUUAUGCACCCACAAGUUCAAGAUUCCAGCCAGCAGAGAGCUUACAAGGAUGCACACAUAAUUUCUGGUGCACAGUAUGCUGUGAAAGGUGUUUCUGUUGCUCAUGAAAGAAACAUGGCUGGUACAAGCAGAAGUCAAGCAACCACAAAGAAAAAAGAUUCUGCAACUAACUUUGAGGUAGCUUUGUCAAAUUCUGGAACAGGGAAACUAUCAUUUACAUAUACCUCGGAAAAUCGUUCUGAUUUCCACAUGCCUGACAUGGAGUCGGUAUGCAAGGUAAUGGAGGCUAGAUGUCUCAGGACAUACAAGGUCCUAGAACCCAAUUUCUCUGUCAAGAAACUUCUGCAAGAUACGUGCCAGUGUAUUGUUGACUUGGGCGUAGAAUUUAGUGGACCUAGAGAAAAAGGAAUGGUACAAAUAAUUCCUGCUCAUAAUGUCAAUGAUAUAACAAAAGGCGAAGAACAUGUGAGCAUUCCUAUAGUCAAUGAAAGUGGCAAUGGGAUUCUUCCUCCUCGCUUUCAGUACAUACCAGGCAACAUCACCUUCCAGGAUGCGCAUGUUCAUAUUUCACUUGCUAGAAUAGGAGAUGAAAGUUGCUGUUCAGGCUGCUUUGGAGAUUGCUUAUCAGGACCUUUUCCAUGCGCAUGUGCAGCAGAAACUGGAGGAGAAUUUGCUUAUACCAGAGAUGGACUUCUAAGAGAAGCAUUUCUCGAUUCUUAUAUCUCUAUGCUUCAAGAACCACAGAUACAAAAAAGAUUUAUUAAAGAAUGCUGGAGCAAGUGCGGUUGUGCAAGAAAUUGUGGAAACCGGGUGGUGCAGCGAGGCAUCAGUCGACAUCUGCAGGUAUUCUUAACCCCUGGAAACAAGGGGUGGGGACUGAGGGCUGCCGAGGAACUUCCUCGUGGCACGUUUGUUUGUGAGUAUGCUGGUGAAAUAUUAACAAACAACGAGCUCUAUGAAAGAAAUAAUCAAGAGACAGCAAAUGCUAGACACACGUACCCUGUGUAUCUUAAUUCUGAUCGUCAAACUGAAGAUAUUCUGGAGGAUGACACUGCUCUCUGUCUAGAUGCCACCUUUUAUGGGAAUGUGGCACGGUUCAUAAAUCAUAGGUGUAAUGAUGCCAAUAUUAUUGAAGUACCUGUGGAGAUUGAGACACCCGACCACCACUACUACCAUAUAGCUUUUUUCACCAAAAGGAAAAUAAAGCGAUUUGAGGAACUCACAUGGGACUAUGGUAUGGAUUUUGGCGAUGUGAACCACCCUAUCAAAGCAUUUAAAUGUCUCUGUGGAAGCAAACAUUGCCGGGACAAAGAAAACACCUCAAGAUCUAAAUCCCGAGCCCUGGUUUUAUUAUGACUACUGGUCAAGAGAUAAGCCGGAAAGGAGAUUUAAGAUAACAUUAGCAUCUGCCAAGUAGUGUUCAUGGUUUUGUGACAAUAGGUGAUAUUUUGUUGUGGCUAGAACAAAUGUUCCAGAUCACUGUCUUGUCACCUACAUAUCUGGAUUGCUUCUUUUAGUGUUGUCCUACCAAGUUUGUUUUCCAGGGAGCACAUUUUGGUUGCUGUUUCAUGACUCCUUUUGUUUUGGAAAGCAUUUUUUCAUUA